AGAGCGCAUCGAUAAGUUCCCAGCGUGUUGUUGCAGCGUCAUUCUAUUUGAAUGAAGUUCACACAGUACUAAACUAGCGGCCAAGUCAACUCAUUCGCGCCCCGGCGGACUGAAAACAGGACAAAAGCAACAGUGCGGGACCUCGCAGCUUGGCAAUUAUGCCGGUGUUUUCAGUCAAUGUGAAAUGGGGCAAAGAGAAGUUUGACGCUGUGGAGCUGAACACCGAGGAGCCUCCCAUGGUGUUCAAGGCUCAGCUUUUUGCCUUGACAGGAGUGCAGCCCGACAGACAGAAGGUGAUGGUGAAGGGAGGCACCCUCAAGGAUGACGAGUGGGGGAACAUCAAACUGAAAAAUGGAAUGACACUGUUGAUGAUGGGAUCAGCGGAGGCUCUGCCCGAGGAGCCUGCUGUCAGACCCAUGUUUGUAGAAGACAUGACUGAUGAGCAGCUGGCCUCAGCUAUGGACGUUCCCUGCGGGCUGACCAAUCUGGGCAACACCUGCUACAUGAACGCCACCGUGCAGUGUCUGCGCUCUGUGCCCGAGCUCAAAACCGCACUCAGAAAGUAUUCGGGUGCGCUGCGAUCUUCAGGGCCCAACGCGUCGUCACAGUACAUAACAGCAGCUCUGCGUGACUUGUACGAGACCAUGGAAAAGACCUCGUCCAGCCUGCCUCCCAUCAUCCUGCUGCAGUUCCUCCACAUGGCCUUCCCACAGUUCGCCGAGAAGGGAGAUCAGGGGCAGUACCUCCAGCAGGAUGCUAACGAAUGCUGGCUGCAGAUGAUGAGAGUUCUUCAGCAGAAGCUGGAGCCACUAGAACCAGUGACUCCAAUGGAGACCGACACUGAGGGCGGCGCUGCUUCUGCAUCCCCAAAGAAAAACUUCAUUGACCAGUAUUUUGGCGUAGAGUUUGAAACUACCAUGAAAUGCACAGAGUCCGAGGAUGAGGAGCCAGUCAAAGGCAAAGAGAGUCAGCUCCAGCUCAGCUGCUUCAUCAAUCAGGAAGUCAAGUAUCUGGCCACGGGACUGAGGCUGAGACUUCAGGAAGAAAUCACCAAAAUGUCAACUAGCUUGGAUAGAAAUGCUCUGUACAUCAAAUCUUCAAAGCUGAGUCGUCUCCCCGCCUACCUGACAGUGCAGAUGGUUCGCUUCUACUACAAGGAGAAAGAGUCUGUGAAUGCCAAAGUGCUGAAGGACGUGAAGUUCCCCCUGAUGCUGGACGUGUAUGAGCUAUGCACGGCCGAGUUGCAGGAGAGCAUGCUGGCCAUCAGGUCAAAGUUCAAGGAGGUGGAUGACAACAAGCUGGAGAAGCAGCAGGAGAAGGUGACAAAGAAAGAAGACUCAGCCAAGGAGGUGAAGUACGAGCCCUUCUCCUUCCCUGAUGACGUGGGCUCCAACAACAGCGGCUACUACGACCUGCAGGCGGUGCUGACGCAUCAAGGCCGCUCCAGUUCGUCGGGGCACUACGUGGGCUGGGUCAAGAGGAAAGAAGACGAGUGGGUGAAGUUCGACGACGACAAGGUGAGCGUGGUGUCGCCGGAGGACAUCCUGCGGCUGUCGGGCGGCGGCGACUGGCACAUUGCGUAUGUUCUACUCUACGGCCCCCGGAGGUUGGAGAUAUUCGAAGAUAAGGAGGAACAGUAGCCCGCUCACCCCGCGUGGGUUGAGGACGCCUUCUCCCAAAUUUGCCAUUUCCCAACAAAAAGAAAAACACACUGUCUGCAUAAGCUGUGCAAUAAAACCGGUGUCUUUA